AUGACCGGCGCUGCUCGCUCGGCACGAGGCGGCGGGGAGGGGGCCGCCGGGAUGGAGGGGAAGGGCGCGGUGGCGGCCGGGCUGGUGGGGUUCCUCGGGAUGGGGCUCGACAGGGUGCGGCUGCCGCUGCCGGAGAAGCUGUCGGCCAAGGCGCUGCGGAGCCACGUGCGGGGGCACGGCUCGCGGGAGGCGCGGGAGCGCUGGUGGCGCUGGACGCUCUUCCUCUGGGUGGUCGGCUGGACGCUCAUCUGCCUGCAGAUCUUCCACUACUUCGACUCCGGCGCCGUGGAGAAGCGCCGGGAGUCGCUCGCCAGCAUGUGCGACGAGCGCGCCCGCAUGCUCCAGGACCAGUUCAACGUCAGCAUGAACCACCUCCAGGCGCUCGCCAUCCUCGUCAACACCUUCCACCACUCGCUCAACCCCUCCGCCAUCACCCAGGCGACGUUCGCGAGGUACGCGGAGAGGACGGCGUUCGAGCGGCCGCUGACGAGCGGGGUGGCGUACGCGGUGCGGGUCACGCACGCCGAGCGGGACCACUUCGAGCGGCAGCAGGGCUGGAGCAUCAAGAAGAUGUACUCCUCCCCCAACUCGCAGGGCCCCGGCGACGCCGCCGUCGCCGAGAUCCGCGGCCCGGCCGACGAGUACGCCCCCGUCAUCUUCGCGCAGGACGCCUACAAGAACGUCAUCUCCUUCGACAUGCUCUCCGGCGCUGACGAUCGCGAGAACAUAAUACGAGCCAGAGAAUCCGGGAAGGGUGUUCUAACUGCUCCUUUCCAGCUGCUCAACGGCCGCCUCGGCGUGAUCUUGACGUACUCCGUGUACAAGUCCGAGCCCCCCGCGAAUGCGAGGCAGCAGGAGCGCGUCCAAGCCGCCAUAGGCUAUCUAGGUGGCAUAUUUGACAUAGAAGCGCUCGUCGACAAGUUGCUUCAUCAGCUCGCGGGGAAGCAGUCCAUCAUGGUGAAUGUGUAUGAUACUACCAAUGACAAGCCGAUCAGCAUGUAUGGUUCGGAUGAUACAGGCAGUGGGAUGUACCAUAAUAGCACGCUCAACUUUGGCGAUCCAUCUAGGCGGCAUGAGAUGCAUUGCAGGUUCAUGCAAAAGCCACCAUUGCCAUGGCUUGCAAUAACAUAUUCGUUAGGGGCUUAUGUGAUUGCUUUGCUCAUUGGACAUAUAUUUUAUGCUACUGUGCAUCGUAUCGCAAAAGUUGAAGAUGAUCUUCAAAUUAUGAAGAAGCUCAAGAAGUGUGCGGAAGCUGCAGAUGUUGCCAAGUCACAGUUCCUGGCUACAGUUUCACAUGAGAUCAGAACUCCAAUGAAUGGGGUUUUAGGAAUGCUCCAAAUGCUCAUGGAUACUGAUCUGGACGCAACGCAGCAAGACUAUGUUAGAACAGCCCAAGCCAGCGGAAAAGCUUUAGUGUCCCUCAUAAAUGAGGUUCUUGAUCAGGCGAAGAUAGAAGCUGGCAAACUCGAGCUUGAGGCAGUGCCCUUUGAUCUUAGACUAGUCUGUGAUGACAUCUUGUCUCUCUUCUGUGGAAAAGCUCAGGAGAAAGGACUGGAGUUGGCAGUGUAUGUCUCUGAUCAAGUUCCACAAACACUUAUUGGCGAUCCGGGUAGAAUGAGGCAAAUCAUUACAAAUCUCAUGGGGAACUCCAUAAAAUUUACAGAAAGAGGGCAUAUCUACUUGACAGUUCAUGUCGUCGAAGAGGUCAUGAGUUGUUUAGAGGUGGAAACAGAAUUUCAAAACACAAACAACACCUACAACACCUUAAGUGGCUACCAGGUAGCUAACAGAAGGCAGAGUUGGCAGAGCUUCCAACUUUUCAAUAUGGAUUUACACUUGUCUGAGAUGACCUUUGCUCCCAUCAUGCCUGAAACAAUAAGAUUGAUAAUAUCUGUUGAAGAUACCGGCGUCGGCAUCCCACCUGAAGCCCAAUCCCGGAUAUUCAUGCCUUUCAUGCAGGUUGGUCCAUCCAUUGCCCGCAUCCAUGGGGGCACUGGCAUCGGGUUAAGCAUCAGCAAGUGCCUGGUUCAUCUCAUGAAGGGGGAGAUUGGGUAUGUAAGCAUACCCAAUGUUGGUUCUACUUUCUCCUUCACUGCAGUGCUUACGAAGGCACGCUCCAAUGCAAAUGCUAACAAAUCGCCAGGGUUUAAAGGGAUAAAUGCAUUGGUAGUUGAUCAUAAGCCGGUUCGUGCCAAGGUUACCAAGUACCAUUUGCAAAGGCUUGGAGUCAAAACGGAAUUGACCACUGAUGUAAACCAAGUUAUUCCUAAGAUGAACUGCGCAUCACUAGUUACAAGGCUAGUGCUAGUUGACAAGGAAACCUGGAUGAAGGAAUCCCAUUCAAUGCCUCAUUUGCUUAGCAAACUGCGGAGCAAAGAUCAGUCAGACCCUCCGAAGCUCUUCCUUUUGGAGAACCCUACUAAUUCUAUCAAGAGCGGUUCAAAUAUAUCGAGGGAGCAUAACUUGAAUGUAAUCAUGAAGCCGCUUCGUGCAAGUAUGCUUCAGGCUUCACUAAGGCGGGCUUUGGGCGGAGUAGAUAAGGUGAAUGGAAAGAAUGGAGUCGUUGGCAACUCAGCGUUGGGUAGCCUUCUUCACAAGAGGCAAAUCAUUGUGGUUGACGACAACGUUGUGAACCUUAAAGUGGCUGCUGGUGCUCUCAAGAAGUAUGGUGCAGAAGUAAUUUGUGCAGACAGUGGGAAGAAAGCAAUCGCAUUGCUAAAACCACCUCACAGUUUUGAUGCUUGUUUCAUGGACAUACAAAUGCCAGAAAUGGAUGGGUUUGAAGCCACCAAGAGGAUCAGAAUGAUGGAACGAGAGCUAAAUGAGCGGAUAGAACGCGGAGAAGCGCCACCAGAAUGUGCUAACGUUCGGAGGUGGCGAACUCCGAUAUUGGCCAUGACGGCAGAUGUUAUCCAGGCAACAUGUGAGCAGUGCUUGAAAUGUGAAAUGGAUGGCUAUGUCUCCAAGCCAUUCGAAGGGGAGCAGUUGUACAGAGAAGUAACUCGAUUUUUCCAAAGUCAUGACCAUGUUCAGUAG